GUGAACUGUCCUUCAGUUGUAAGUCACUGUGACAAAUGAUUAACUCUGAAUUUUAACUACUGUUGUUUUUCCCUAAAGGACACCAUUACUGAUGCAAAUGAGCAUUACACAGAAGUCUAAGAAAAACACUUCUCUUUUCAUGUUGGACUAAAAGAGGAAAAGAAAGAAUCGUCACGAUGCCUGACAUGAAGCCAACAGGAAAUACAGAACCAGAACAAAUCAGCAAACUAUCAAGUGACGGAACACUUUUUCUGAUGGUGUGUUCUGCUGCCAUUGGAGGCACCUUCCAGUAUGGAUACAAUAUUUCCAUUAUCAACGCUCCAACCAGCUACAUCCAGACUUUCAUCAAUGAAACCUACAGGACACGCUGGGGUACAGGCUUGGGAGCUCCCUAUGUGACUCUGGUGUGGACACUAAUCGUAUCAGCUUUCUCACUGGGAGGUCUGCUCGGGGCACUGCUGGCCGGCCCAAUGUCGGUCAAAUUUGGAAGGAAGAAGUCCCUGCUUUUGAACAACUCAUUUUUGUUUGUUGGCACUCUAUUUUUUCUUCUGUGCAGGGUUGCAAGAUCAUUUGAGAUGAUCAUCUUCGCUCGGUUCCUCAUGGGGAUUAAUUCAGGUGUCAGUUGUAAUGUCCAGCCUAUGUACUUUGGGGAAAGCGCCCCUAAACACCUACGAGGAGCUGUAGCUUUUUCCUCUGCCGUUUUCACUGCUUUUGGAAUUUUUUUGGGUCAAAUUGUGGGACUGACUGAGGUGUUGGGCACACAGCUUCUCUGGCCCUACUUACUAGCCAGCAACAUGCUUCCAGGUGUGAUCCAGAUGCUUACACUACCCUGGUUCCCUGAAAGCCCCAGAUAUCUGCUCAUUGACUGUGGAGACAGAGAAGCAUGCGUCCAGGCUCUUCAAAGACUCCGUGGUGGUGUAGCUCCAGUUUUAGAAAUACAGGAAAUGCUUGAAGAAUGUCAAAAGCAAUCAAACGCUGAAACGGCAUAUUCUGUUAAGACACCUUAUUCCCUUUUUAAGGCUCGUGACCUGCGAUCCCAACUCAAAAUUGUCAUGAUAACCAACAUUACCAUCAUGUUAUGUGGUAUUGACUCUAUAUACUUCUAUGCGUCUUACAUCUUCUCCGAGGCAGGCAUUCCUGCAGAUAAAAUUCAGUAUGUAACCAUUGGAACAGGAGCAUCUGAACUGACUUCCUCGAUACUGAGCAACCUCCUGAUUGAACGAGUGGGCAGGAAGGGUCUUCUUGUCGGAGGCUACACUCUUAUGUCAUGCUGGACUAUAAUCUUCACAAUAGCCCUCACACUCCAAAGACAACGAGUGGAUGGGAUGUCUUACCUCAGCAUGGUGUGCGUUUUCGCCUACAUUCUUAGCUUCGGUUUGGGCCCUGCAGGUGUGACAAGUAUCAUACCAGCAGAGAUCUUUGACCAGUCAGCCCGACCUGCAGCGUACAUGGUCGCCGGAUCACUAAUGUGGCUCAAUCAGCUCCUGAUGGGACUGUUAUUACCAUUUAUCGUCACCAAUCUUGGGAUCUAUUGCUUCCUGCCAUUCUUGGCUGUGUGUUUGGUGUCAGCUGUGUAUUUGGGGCUCACGUUCAUAGAGACAAAAGGCAAGAGCCUGCGGGAGAUUACGGCAGAGUUUGAUAGACAGAACGGACAAAGAACGGUGAAUGACGUGGAGGAGGAUCAAGUCAGCCCUUUAAUCAUGGAAAAAAAGACCGAAAAAAGUUUAAUUCAUGACAGAAAAUCUGUGACAGAAUGUGAACGCAUUAUCAAGGAUUAAUUGUGGCGUGUACGCAUAAAUCAGUCUUGUCAAAAAAUGGUUAUAUUGUCAUUUGUAUGUAGUUUCUGUUGUCUAGAUCGCACUCCUAUAUAGUCUAGAAAAGUUGGAAAACAUUAUAUUUGUGCGCUGCAUUUUCCAUAACUACAGGUUGGACCAUAUGAUGUCAUAAAUAUGGAGAGGAAUGGGUGUCUCUAUGGUGACAGCCAGUAGUAAACGUACAAUCUUCAUUCAACUAGAGUAGUCUGCACAACGCUUGCACUUGUUAUUAAUUGUACAGUACACACAAUCUCACUUGAUCAACACGCCCACCAAUGGUACACGCAAUGUAAUAGUUUGCGCAGGGUAUUUAGCGCCUAGUUAUUUGGAUCUUAGUAGAUUAGACCCUUAGUGUUUUCAAAAGUCAUUGACCAUUUCUUUCUCCCAGUGCUGCUUACGUAACUACUGUAGAGCUCCAUGUCCAACAGUAAUGACUAUUUCACAGGUUUAGCACUUUCAUCGCUGCUGCUACAGAAUUUUUCGUUUAAGUGUAAUUUUUAAAAGUUGACAU